CCAACACUCGCCGCCGUCUCGUCUCUACUUCGUCCCCAAGAAGAAGGCACCAGCAGGAGCACAAAGCCCUUCCACGAUUUCGAUUUCGAGCGAAGAAACAGAGAGAAAGAAGGCUCCGUUCCUGCUUCGAUCCCGCUUCCACCGCCGGCGACGAGAUGUUUCUCACGAGGACGGAGUACGACCGCGGGGUGAACACCUUCUCCCCGGAGGGGCGGCUGUUCCAGGUCGAGUACGCCAUUGAGGCCAUCAAGUUGGGCUCGACCGCCAUCGGGUUGAAGACUAAGGAGGGUGUUGUCCUGGCUGUCGAGAAACGUGUCACCUCACCGCUGCUCGAACCAAGCAGUGUGGAGAAAAUCAUGGAAAUUGAUGAGCAUGUAGGCUGUGCCAUGAGUGGCCUUAUUGCUGAUGCUAGAACACUGGUUGAGCAUGCUCGUGUUGAGACCCAGAAUCAUAGGUUCUCAUAUGGGGAGCCAAUGACAGUAGAAUCUACCACGCAAGCUAUCUGCGACUUGGCUUUGCGCUUUGGCGAAGGUGAAGAAGAGUCGAUGUCACGACCUUUCGGAGUCUCUCUCCUUAUUGCUGGUCAUGAUGAAAACGGACCCAGCUUGUACUACACAGACCCAUCUGGGACCUUCUGGCAAUGCAACGCCAAGGCAAUUGGAUCAGGUUCUGAAGGAGCUGAUAGCUCACUACAAGAGCAGUACAACAAGGAACUGACCAUUGCUGAGGCAGAGACCAUUGCUCUUUCUAUCCUGAAGCAGGUUAUGGAAGAAAAGGUGACCCCAAACAACGUUGACAUAGCAAAGGUGUCCCCCAGCUACCACCUCUACACCCCUGCAGAGGUCGAAGCGGUCAUUGCGCGGUUGUGAAGCAUUUGCCACUUUGUGAAACAGUCUCUUGCUAUUCCCAUGAACCCUAAAGCACGAUGAACUGUUGAUGUGGGUUUUCUGCCUAUUCCUGUCAUAAUUAUCGUUCUUUAAGAAUUAUUAGUGCCUGCAUCUGAUUUCUGAUCUCCCAGUCCAGACUCUUUUUUUCUGUUUCCAGUAGCAUUAAGACAUUGUACCACCAAAACGAGUUACACAUAUUUUUCAAACAGGCGCAGUCUGAACUUA